AUGGAUAUAUUUGGUACGAGUGUUCCGCCAUACCGAACCCCGACCAAGCGGAAGUAUCCAGGAAAUUCUCCGGGAUACUAUCCUGAUGGAGAGAGUGGUUCGGUGAGCCCUCGACAAGGAUCUCAAAAGUCGGCUCGAUCCGUAACCUUUGAUUCACGGUUCACUGAUCAGCCAAGAUACGUAGUCACAAACCCGUCAUCAAGCAAUGCUAGAGUCAUGGCCAUGAUCCCGUUCGAAGAAAAAGCAAACGCUGAGGCUCCAAGUCGAGUUGAUCCUGGCGAGAUGCCUGAGUUGUUGCAGGGCGACCUGAAUGAGAGCGAAAAGUCGUUGGAUCCGCAUGAUGUUGAUGAGGCAGGUGAAGUCGAUAUUGAAACGUACGAAGAGGAUAGUUCGCGAGAUCAUCGCAAAUCAACACUAUGGGUAGAUAACAAAGGGAGAGUUGUUGAUGUGAGUAAUCUACCUGGUGGUGGGCAAACCACAAUAAUAUAUCCGGAGAUGCGACGCGAGGUGUACGGGACGUCUGACCUUCGCUCCCUUUCGGCUUCCCAUCCCAAAGAGACUCAGGAUGAACGAUUUUGUCCAUCAUGUAGAAUGACGAUGAAACGCUCGAUAUUCUAUCAUCAUGGACGUCUUAUCCGUAAAUAUGGACGGUGCGACAUCUUCACACCAAAGCGUUUCCCUUGCGGUUCCCCUGGGUGCCAUGAAAGACUCGGGACUUUGGAGCGACUCUGCGAGCAUAUGUAUCAAGUUCAUAGAGCUCCCACGGACAUAAAACGACGAGUUUUCGAUAAUGAGGCACAAUUUGAGGAGUUCUUACGCGAACUGGAAAGUCGGGGUGGGAAUUUCCGAAUGUCUCGCGGCAACAAAACCAUCAAAGAAGGAAUUGUGCAGUAUUUCCGCUGCAACAGAAUCUUUUCAAUAGCUAAGGAUAAAGCACUGAGAAUUGUUGACGACAUAAAUGCUGGCACCUAUGAGGCUGUGAAGGAUAUCACUCAGCCAAUGGAUCCCUUUGGCAAAGAAACCAGCACAAAACCGUAUCUGAGGACCGAAGAAGCAUGCACAGCGUUCUUUAGAAAAACUUACCUGAAUGACGGGUUCGUUAAGUAUCAUUCCAUCCGUAGGUUCUGCAGCAGCUCUUUUCAGUACCAUAGAAGUUCGCUACUGUGACU